AUGUCAUUUGAUGUCAAUUGGGAAAACUUGGUUGGUGAUGGAUCUAUAAACGAUACUUUUCGAAAAUUUUUAGAUCAUCAGUUUAGAACUUUGACAUUGCCACCAUAUAUCGAUGAUAUCAGGGUUACCAAGUUCAGCUUAGGAAGCAUACCUCCAGAGAUUACAAUUAGGCAUAUCGGGGAUCCUUUUAAAGAAUUCUACGAGGAUGGGGAAGAUGAGGGAGAGCAAGGUAGGGCAGCUACACGGACCUUCCUGAGUGGAUCUAGCACUAGUGAUGAAGAAGAUGAGCAAGAAGAAAAGGGGGAAAAUCUGCGUACGGCCAUCAGCAGCAAUGACCUUACCACUAAAGAGAUCCCAAUUACGAAUAUAAGCGGUAAUAUUAAUAGUACACCACUAUCUUCCUCUCCUUCAUUGAAAAGGAAAACUUCUGAUCCUCUACAUUUAAUGACUGGUAAUGGAGGGGGAAGCUUGAAUUAUUUGAAUAAUUAUGGGAUGAAUAAUAUAGUAGGAUUGGGCCACUUGAAUGCAUCAAUCUCUCAUAAUCGACCCAGAACACCAACUGAUAAUCCUAAUGAAUUUAUGAAAGAGCUGAAUAAUGGCUCUACUAAAGUGAAUCCUGGAGAACAAAGUAAACUACCGCCUAUUAGCGAAAAUGACAUACAAUGCAUAGUAGAUGUUGAUUACCUGGGGGACUUGUGUAUGGAGGUCACUGUGAAUUUAUUGGUUAACUUUCCGUCGCCGCAAUUUAUAUCUCUUCCUAUAAAGUUGCAUGUCUCAGAUUUGGCAAUUCAUUCUGUUGCUGCAAUUGCUUAUUUGAAAAAUUGUAUAUUCUUCUCACUCUUAUGUGAUAUUGAUGACAAUGUGGCUGAUUACUUUUCCUCAUUUCAUGCUGAAUCCAAUAACAAUGGGUCCACAUUAAAUACCGGAGGUAACUUUGUGGAUUAUAUCACAGCACCAAAUACAAGAGAAAGAAUAGAUAUAAUUAAAAAAGUCAAGAUAGAAUCUGAGAUUGGAGAAGUCGAAAAUAAUAUUCUAAGGAAUGUAGGUAAAGUUGAAAGGUUCCUAAUAGAAAAAUUACGAACUUUAUUGAGGGAGGAAAUUGCUUGGCCGAGUUGGGUUUGUUUUGAUAUGAACGAUUCGGAUGUAGAUGACGAUAACGAUUCGGAUGAUGAUGAUGAUGAUAUUGACGAUGAGAAGCCAAAUCUCAAUAAUAAUAGUUAUAAUAAUAAGAAUAAUAAAUAG